AUGGACGUCGUGAUCCUCGGCUGCGGCACUUCAUCUUCCUCGCCAUCUAUGCGCUGUCUUCUUGGCAAGGGCUGCUAUAUCUGUCGAGAGGCUCAAGCGAAUCCGGACUCCAAGAACCGACGGCUCAACCCCAGUCUCCUCAUCCGCAACCUCCAGACCAACGCCAACGUACUCGUCGACUGCGGUAAAACUUUCCGAGAAGCUGCGCUGCGUAUCUUCCCCAAGAUCGGCGUGUCCGCAGUGCACUCGGUGGUGCUUACUCACGAUCAUGCUGACGCGUGCCUGGGCUUGGACGACUUGCAAGAGGUACAGUCUUUAGAGGAGACUGUGGACUCGGAGACGCAGGAGAUGUACAAAACUCCACCUAAUUCGAUGAAAGUUCACUGCUGCGAAGAUACAAGUCGCGAUGUAAGGGCGAAAUUCCCGUAUCUCAUCCAGGAGGAGACUUCUACACUUCGACUGGAAGUUUUCGAGCCAUGGGUACCAUUUGAGGCUUGUGGCAUAGAAUUUCUGCCCAUUCCUGUCAUCCACGGUGCUGGAUACACCUCACUCGGCUUCGAGUUUGGCCACGAAUUUGACACUAGGUUCGUCUACAUAUCGGACGUGAGCGAAUUUCCAGAGGAAACGCGGGUAUACCUCAACGACACCAGCAAGCCGCCCAUUGACAUACUAAUGAUCGACGCGUUGUAUCUGGACAAGCGCAACAGCGCCCACAUGAACCUGAUGCAGGUAGUGAAGGAGAUUGAGACAAUCCGGCCCAACUCACUGGCAUGA